GUAUGAAAAGGCUCAAUUAGAAGAUCUGUUAAUUUUGUUGUCAAUGAAUAUGCUUGUUAUUUAGGGUUAGUUUUCAUUUAGGAGUAUAGGUUGUGUAUUCUUUUUCGCUGAUUUGGCUAUUGGACACUAAGAUUUUUAGAAUCUUUCUACCCUCUCCCAUGGGGCUCAUUGCCGCUUCUCAUAUUACAAAAGUUUGAUUCAAAAGUCUCUUUGAGAUACUACAAUUUCAUUUUUUCUUGGAAGGGUCUCUUACAUCAAUAUGUUCUUCAGUAUUAAUAUUUAAAAGCUUGACACAAUGUGAUGGUUUAUGGAUGCAUAUGGAUUUUUGGUCCAGAGUGGCUUUUCAGCCUCUUGGCUUUGGAUUUGGAUUUUGAAUGGUUAUUCUCAAAAUAUUAGACACCACUGAUAGAAGAUAACGCAAGGACAUAAGAGUUGUUAGUAAAAUGGUUUCCUUUGAGAUGAAUGAUCGCAAAAAGAUCGGGUUAGGGUUAACUGGAUUUGGUAUAUUUUUCUCAUUCCUUGGGAUUAUCUUCUUCUUCGACAAGGGAUUACUAGCUAUGGGAAAUAUCCUGUUUAUUUCUGGAGUGUCCUUAACCAUUGGUGUGAAAUCCACUAUGCAAUUCUUCACGAAACGAAGUAAUUUCAAGGGAUCAAUCUCGUUUGGCAUUGGAUUCUUGAUUCUCAUCAUGGGAUGGCCUAUUUUGGGCAUGAUCAUUGAGGCUUAUGGAUUCAUAGUACUAUUCAGUGGUUUCUGGCCCACACUGGCUGUUUUCUUACAGAAGAUUCCAAUUCUUGGUUGGUUGUUUCAACAGCCAUAUGUCCGAUCGUUGUUGGAACGUUAUAGAGGCCGGCGAGUACCCGUGUAAGAGAGGAGGAAUCGGCGGAAACAUUUUGUAGCUGCUAGCAAGCAAGCACGUUUAUCAGUGUAUGUAAAGAAAAUACCAGCAUAUGGGAGAUACCUGACUGUGAAUUCAGAGUUGGCACUCUGAUGCUAGCAUAUGAUUGUCACUUUUAACACGAUAGUCAUGUAUGUAGUGACAUGAUAGUCAUGUAUGUAGUGGAAAGAGUUCAUUUUUGCGUCGAAUUAAUCAAUUACGCAAUCUUUGUUCAAAGGAUAAGAAUGAUAAUUUCUUAUUUGGGUCAGUGUAUGUAACAGUGCCUUCCGACAACACACUGCUAUAGGAUGAAAAAAUUUGACGA